UUCAGCAGAGAGGAAGCGAGGUGAUGGAAUUAGAGACAGGAGAGGUUGAGGAGCUCAGACAGGAAACGUGAGGUGCAGCAUUAUGUGUGCGGGAGUUCUGAGCACAGAGCGACUGAAAUGGCUUUGUCCUUCAGAGCUCUCCUGAUCAGGACAAGCGUGAAAUUCCCGCUGGGCCGGACGCUACACAGAGUGGCGUGUUUAUUUCCCGACCCACAGGACGUUUUACGAACCCGAGGACGGAGCUUGCUGUCCACCGUGAGCUCCCACUUGGAACCGGGCGAUCGGGUUGAGCUGAUGAUGGGAACAGAAGGUGCUCGGAAACGCGUUUGCUCCCGGACGGAGCCUGUUGAGAUUCUCAGUAAAAGUCAGGCAGUUACCAGGAUUUCAGUCGAGGGCAAUAUCGCCGUUGGUAAAUCCACAUUUGCUGAACUCUUGGAGCAGGUAGCUAGUAAGCAGUGGGAAAUUGUUCGGGAGCCCAUAGCCAAAUGGUGCAACAUUCCAACUUCCAGCAACAGUGAAAAGCUGUCUUCCACACAAAAGACUGCUGGUAACCUACUUCAGAUGUUGUAUCAGGAUCCCCACCGUUGGUCCUACACCUUUCAGUCAUACUCCUGUAUGAGCCGAAUCAAGGUCCAUUUGGCACCAGUAUCUCCCAGACUACUAAGUGCAGAACAACCAGUGCAGAUAUUUGAAAGAUCAGUCUACAGUGACAGAUAUGUAUUUGCAUCCAAUCUAUAUGAAAUUGGUUGGUUGAAUGAGAUUGAAUGGACCGUCUACCAGGACUGGCACACUUACCUUCUCAACCAAUUUGGGAGUCGAGUGGCUUUGGAAGGAAUUAUCUACCUUCAAGCAUCUCCUGAAAAGUGUUUGGAAAGAUUACACCGAAGGGGUAGAGAUGAAGAAAGGGAAAUUCAGCUGGAGUACCUGAAACAGCUCCAUUCACAACAUGAAAACUGGCUUGUGAAACGCUCUACUGAACUGCACUUUGAACAUCUGAAGAACAUUCCAGUGUUGGUGUUGGAUGUCAAUGAAGAGUUUGAAGAUGAUAAAACAAGACGAGAAAAGCUGUUUGAAGAUGUGAAGAAGUUUGUGAACAGUCUGAAGUUGGAAAAAUGAAACACCCUUGUCAUUUUGAGAACCUGUUUUGAAUAGGAAUAAUGUAGAGUGAAAGAAGACUUGGUGACUGAGAUAUUCACCCAGGUUUUAGUGCAUCGUUCACCUCAAGCUCUAUCCUUUAUUUAAAUAGGACUUGGGUUCAGUUGUGCAGAUAUUAAUUAUUACUGUGUUAAUGAAUUUUCUGCAGAACAUUGAGUGGUAUUCUCAUGGCGACACAGAAACGAUUGGAAAUGACAAUUAAUCUGGUCUCUUUCAACGGAAUAUUUAACACUCCAUACUUUCAUCCAGUCUAAUUUUGUUUUUUUUUUUAAACUAUAAGCUAUCACAUGUAACACGAGAUCAAAACUGAUUUUUAACUUUUCUGCUGAUUCUUAGUUUUGAACUGAGGAUUGUUGGUAAUUUAUAAUUUACUCAAUAAAAUUGCAUGGUGGAUCA